AUGGCUCCCAAUAUGGUACAGCGUCUUUGCGCACUCACGACCCUUGUAUCCAUUGCCACAGCCCAAUCUGGUGGGAUCCAAACUGGACUUCAGUAUGGAGAGAACUGGGCGCCCACAAUCAAAGAUUCGGAGCUUGUUUCUGCAAAUUUUCCUGAUGUCAACAUCACUCUCCGAUCUCCGGCAUUCCUGAACCCCGAGAAAGUGCCCGCUCGGUUUGCUGAAGGCACAGAGGGGCCGACUGACUUGAACGAGUUGGACUACUUCAUCCGAAAUCUCGCCAAGAAGAAUGACUGGAUGACCUAUGAAUCCGCAGCUUUCCUGUCCGAAGAAGGCCGUGCGAUUCCUUAUGUUUUCCUCUCCCUCCCCAACUCCAACUCAAGCAACAAUAAGCUGAGGGUUUAUCUUCAGGCUGCAAUUCACGGCAAUGAACCUGCUGCUGAUGAGUCUGUUCUUGCGUUCCUAGGUAAAAUGGAUGCUGAGCCAGAGUGGGCUGCGUCAAUAUUGGAGAAGAUGGACAUCAAGAUACUUCCUCGAUACAACGUGGAUGGUGUUGCUUACUUCCAAAGACAACUUGCUUCUAAUUUGGACCCAAACAGAGAGCAUCUCAAGCUGAUGCGAGGUCAAUCACGAGAGAUCAAGAGGCUUGUUGGAGAGUGGAAUCCUCAUAUAGCCUUGGAUAUGCAUGAAUAUACGGUUUCAACAAUUUUUGGCGGGAAUUAUCAACACGGCUCAGAUGCUCUAUUAUCUGGAGGAAUUAACCCAAACAUCCACCCUGCCAUUCGUGAACAACUUCUCGACUUCUUCAUCCCAGCUGUUGGUGAGGAACUCGAGAGCCACGGUCUUCGAUGGGAACCCUAUGUCACUGGUGCUUCCAACCGUACUGAAGGGUCAAGGAUUGCCUUCACUGAAGCUGUCACUGAGGCCCGUACUGGUCGUAACGCUGUUGGAUUGACUCAGACCAUCUCCUUUCUACUUGAAAUGCGUGGUAUCCGUAUUGCCAAUCAGCAUUUCCAGCGUCGGGUUGCUACCGCUCUCAUCAAGAUCCAGACUAUUCUUGAGCUUGCUAGAGACAACGCUGACAAGGUCAAGUCCAUUGUUGAAGAUGCUCGUGAGGAGUUCAUAAACAGCGAUGAGGACAUUGUCAUCACCGAUUCUUAUGUGCCCGAGAACAGGACUUUCACAAUGAUUGAUCAGAGAAAUGGUAGUGUUGUUCAAGUUCCCAUCGACUUCAAGCGUACCACCCCAUCUAUCGCAAAUCUGACCCGAUCAAGACCCGAGGCUUACAUCAUCCCAAGAACAUGGAUUGAUGUUGCAGAGAGGCUUGAGAUCCUCGGCCUCAAGGUUGAAAAGCUUGACUACGAGUUCCGUCAAACUCUGGAAACACUUGUCAUCGAGUCUUCCACCGUUGAGCCUCAGUUAUACGAGGGGACCUACCUGAAUACUGUUACCACCAACACAACUACAAGAGAGGUUGUCCUGCCAGUGGGAAGCUUCUAUGUAAGCACCCGGCAACAGAACGCAGCGUUGGCAUUUAUUGUACUUGAGCCCGAGAAUAUUGACAGUUACGUCAAGUUCAAUAUUAUCCCCGUGAAGGCAGGUAUGGAAUAUCCUGUUUUUCGAAUUCCAAGGGAAUAG